CGACUGUGGUGGACAUCAGAAGAAAAUUUGUUAUGGACACCCACUGCAAUCUGACAGCAAUAGAGUCCCAGGCGCAGAUCAACUCCAGCGUCUUUAACAUGGUUGAGAUGGUCAGCAUGUGUGUGAGCUGCAGCCUGAACACGGUGCUCAGUGCUCCUUUGCUCCUGGUCAUCUCACGCUCCCCAUCCCUUAUCAGACAGAACCGCUUCCUGCUCCUCAUACAUCUCCUCUUCUGCAACAACCUCCAGCAGCUCAUCUGGACAAUCAAAACGAGUCUCUUAAGUUUCAGAGAAGGCAUAUCUGUGAGCCAGUGUCUGAUCUUCUGUGCUGCUAACCAGGCCUGCUCUCUGGUGGACCUCUUCCUCAGUACUGCUCUGGCCGUGGACCGUGUCGUCGCCAUCAAGUGGCCUCUGCACUAUGAUUUCAUGAUGCGCACACAGUGGAGGAGAGUAACUGUCAUAUCCAUAUGGAUUUUUCCAUUUGUGCUCACCAGCGUGGCUAUGUCUAUCAGCCUCAACACCAUCCAGGUCAGUUUUUCCCUCCCCCGUUGCCGACCUCUCAUCUUUACGCCCUGCCUGUCGGAGACGUCUGCUGUGGUACUUUACUCCACCGUGGCCACUGUUGUGGUGGUGCCUCUCUGCUAUCUGACCAUCCUGGGGAGCUUCUGCCUGCUCUGCUGGGACAUGCGUGCAGAGCUGCUCUGGACUGAGAGAGCUUGCGUGACCCUGACCCUCCAGGCCAUUCAGAUCAUUCUCUUUUCGGUUCCCGUGGUCAUGGACAGCUACCUGAUCCCUGGUUACCUGCACAGUGACGCUCUGGAUAUAGCAACCAUCAUCACCUACAACCUGGGAGUGUCACUCAUCCCACUGGUCUAUGGAUACCGGUCUCGGGAGCUGCAGCAAAGAAUACGACGGGCUGCACACAUGAACGAAGUCAACAAUGAAAGUCGGUCAUAAUCACUCUAGUCUUUGAGCAAAAUCUUCCUAUUCAACACAAUGAAGUGCCAAAAGUUCUACCAAGGUAGACUCAAAACAGCCAAAAAAGAAGAGCAGACAUGUCUACAGAAUAAUGCUCCUGAGUCAGACCAAAGCCUGGUGUAAAAAAGUAAAAUCUGUCAGAAGGCAGCAAUUGAGAGCUGAAGUCGUGAGUUAGUCCUGAUCUGAAUUAACUGCUGUUCUCUCAGACUGCUGGGUUUUUUGUGUACCCAGGAUUGCCCUUUUUCUGUUGAAUUCUGUUCUUUAGAGUUAAGGGUGUCAACUCUGUUGUCUCUGCCCUCAACUAGGAAGUCUCUUGGCAAAUUCUAUCAUGACUCGGCACUUCAUUUUUUUUGUUCUUCUUCAGAAGUCUUCUUCUGACUGUGACUCUGAUUUGCAGGUCCUUCUGUUUUCAGUCUUCUGCCCUUGAAGGUGUUUCAGCCCACAUCACUAUUACACAGAACAUUACUACUACAUUAAGUAGCAUUCCCAAAGAGACCCCUCUACUGCCAAUACAACAGCAGACACCACACUUUAAUCUGUUUGUUUUAAAACUAAGGUUGGACAGUUGAGUACAUAUGGCGUGGCAAGGAAAUAUCACCUUCCUCUAACGGUUGUGGCUGUUUUUUUCCCAGCAGUGUGUUUAAAUUUGAUGUGAGUUAAGGAAAUCCAACUUAUCUGCAAAUUCAAGCUGUUCAAAUGUUGAUAACAAGAAGUUUUUAUAGACCAUAAAAAUAAAAGACAGGACAAACUGCUU